CGCAGGAGGAUGCUGCUCAGUGUGGCUCUGGCCGUGGUGCUAGGAGGGUGUAUAUUCUCGCCGCUCCAGUCCCUCACCCUUCUCCUCUCCGUGUGCCUUAUAAACUAACCUUACCUGACCUUUCCUAAAUUUACUAACUAACCCAACCCUUCCUCUCCUUUUUCUUCCUCUUCCUCGUCCUCCUCUUCAUCCCGCCUUUUAUUCCUACUACCGCCAAUCUUCCCUCUUUUCUCUCUCCUAUUCUUCAUCUUCACUAGAUCUUUCCCCGAUAACUAAUCUUAGUCCUCCUCCUCCUCCUCCUCCUCCUCCUCCUCCUCCUCCUCCUCCUCCUUCUCCUCCUCCUCCUCCUCCUCCUCCUUCUUUUCCUGCGCUGGAGUAUUAAGAUCAUGCACCGCUGACUCACUCCAACAUGGGCUUUGUCAGGCUCGCGCCGCCCAGAGUGAGGGUCAAUGGAUGGUCGUGUUUUGACGCCCACCACGCAGCCCUCUCCGCCGCCACCUUCACCCUGUGCUCGUCAGCGGUGAUGGUGUUGGUGUACAUCUGGCGCCUAGUGCUAAACGCACAGGACCCCGAGCAGCUACAGGAUGUCUACUACGGUGUGCAAAUCUCGUACAUGUCCACUCUUGGCACACACCUCACUCUCAUCGCCCUCACCUCCUUCCUCUUCAUCGGCAUACGGCAGGAGCGGUGCGGCCUCAUUACGCCCUGGGUGGUAGCCAACAUUGCCUUCAAUGCGCUAGAGGCUGUGUGCUGCAUGUACUCCAACAUCCUAAGGGACCACAUCAAUAAGAGGUUCGACGCCAUGUGCAGCGCCGAGGUGUCCUUCUAUCUCUUCCGAGCAACCAUUAACAUGAUCGGGCUGUGGGCGGUGAUGAGAUUUGUCAAGAACAUACGGGCGGGGAUCACUUACAAAGACCCCGAGGCAAUUGAACUGUGAUGAUUGGGAAGCAGCCAAGGCCAAGAAGAAAACGAAGAAGAGUAUAUAUGUAGUAGGAGAUUUGUGUAGACCUGGAGGUUCUUUGUAAUUUACCUUUAAGUGUGUGAGUGUUUGUGUUUGUAGUAAGGCAAGAGUGUCAAAGUAAAAAGGUAUAUUUGAAGUGUAGGAAUGUAAAGAAAAAAAAAUGCAUCUAAAUAAUAUGGAGAGGUAUAAAGAGUUUGGAAAGGUAAGAAAAAAUAAUGGUCGUGUUCAAAAAUAAAGUGAAGGUGUAGGAAAAAAAAAAAGAGUAUUUGAAUAAUAUAAGGAAGAAUAAGUGAAGCGUUUGGAAAACUAUAUAAAAGAAACUGCGCUAAAAAAGAAAGCUUAGGUUUAGUAUAAGAAAAAUGUAUAAAAAAAAAAAAAAAAUGUGGCCAGAUAAAGUGGGCAAGUAUCAUCGCAGUGUUUGGAGAGAUGUGCAUUAUAAGUAAAGAGACUGAAAGAAAACAAAAUUGUGCCGAAUAGCAAAAUGGAGUACCACUUAAGUCCUUUCAUUUAAAUAUUGUGUCGCGUAAAGUGAAAGAUAUGUGUAAAUGGAGAGAAAAAGCAAAAAAAAAACAUGUGAUGUGUAAGUUAUACAAGGAGGAAGGAAGAAGGAAUGAAGUAAACCAUGUAACAACAGAAAAAAAAAAGAAUACAAGCCUACAGAGGUCACAAGAAGAAAACCAAAGUGGAUAUUGUCUUGAAAAGAAAAGGACUGAUUACAUGUCCUGUUAUGGUGAGCAGGAGUAAAUAAACGCGGGUAGAAUUGUAGUGAACGUGUGUUAAUUGAGAGGAUUUUUUUUUUUCAGUGCUGAUUUAGCGUUACAUCCCAUGAUGUCAAUUUCAUUUUAUUUUUAUUUAUAUAUCUUUAAGACUUAAGGAAGAGUAGGGUGAAGACGUUGUUUAUUGUUUAAGAUAAACUUUGUGUGUGUGUGUGUGUGUGUGUGUGUGUGUGUGUGUGUGUGUGUGUGUGUGUGUGUGUGUGUGCUCAGAGAUUUGCAGUUAUGAUAUUAAAAAAAAAAAAAAAUUAUCCUUACAGUGAAGAAAAAAAGUAGAGAUCACGAAUAUUAUGGUCUGUGAAGAGUGACCUGACCUGCCCUGGCUAUUUUGUAGUGUAGUCUUUUCAGUGUACGUGCAACAUUCCACCCUUAAUAACAUUUCCCCAUGUGAUU